GCAAUGGGCCCUAAAGUCGCUGGGCCGUGUCCGGCCGACGGCAACGGGAAAAGUUCUUCGUCUCCGCUCCUCUCCGCCGCCUCGUCUCGUCGCCUCCGCCGGCGAAGCCGAAGCCGUCCGCGCGCGCGCGAACGCGACAACCGCAACCUGCUGCGGGUCGCCGCCGCGGGCGCCCUCGGUAGAACCCCCCGCGUCGCCAUCGCCCGCGAGAUGCCCCACCAUAUAUCCCGCCCCGGCGCCUUCGAGAUGCCCCCCGCGCCUGCAGCAAGCAGGGCGGCGGCGGCGGGAUGUACUCCGCGCUGUCGCGAAUAUACUCCGCCGCGCGCCGCCGCCUCGGCCUACUAAUAGCCUCGCUCCCGGGCGGCCACGAUGGGGGAAGGCGGCGGCGGCGGGGGCGUGGGGACGACCGGAGCAGCGCCACCAGCACCCCGGUCAGCACGCCCAUGUCGAUGUACUCGGUCAUCGCGGCCGGGGACGACCACCCCACGCCGGCGUCGUCGGUGGCCGCGGAGGCUGCCGAUGGGAGCGCCGCUGCGGGCGGCGGGGCAGCGGUCCAGCCCGCGGCCCUGCCGCCGCUGCUUCCGCCGCCGCAGAUGGUGGUGCUGGCGCUCGACGCGACGAGGGACCACCGGGAGGAGGAGAUCAGGAUGGCGCUCAGGGCGGUGGUCACGCGCGGGGACAUCCUCCGCGCCGGCGGCGACUCCCUCCUCGUGCUCGGCGUGCUCCACGCCAUCACCAAUCCCAGUGAGGGCCACGCUCCCCCUUCUUUUCCCACGGUGGGAUACCAAACCAAGGCAUGUAUUGAUUCUUUUGCCGGGACGAACUUGCGAUUACUAAGUGAUCAGGUUAAGGCGAAAGCUGAAUUCUACCAAAACAAGCUCCGUCAUGACGUGGAGGAGCUAAGCAAAGUCGGGAUUAAUGUGACCCUUAAGGUAUCUCCUGGAUCACCAGCCAAGUUUGUCAUUAUCAAUGAAGUCAAAUCCAGCAAAGCUGCUUGGGUUGUACUAGAUAGGCACUUCAGGAGAGAUUUCAAGUACUUAGAAAAGCACAUUGCCUGCAAGGUGGCAGUAUUUCAGGAUAACUUGGUGGUGCAGCCAUUGAAGAUAAUUAGGACAAUUCCACCGAGCAAAAGCAUGGGGGAAGUAAAGGCUCUGCAGCACCUAGCAGUAUCACUCGACCUGCGUUCGGAGACAUUAGAUACUGACACUCAUAGUGUGUUGACCAAGUCAUCACCUGUAAGUUAUUUUGCCUCUCUAAGCUAUCACGAGAUGCAUGAAACAUCCAGUGUGGUCGGGAGCAGCAUGUCAUAUUUGACACCAUCAAUGAGCGCCAUGUCUCUCACAACGAUUGACGGAACUGAUUCCUUGUCCAACGGUAAAGGUGUUGAAGGAAACAUGUUCUACCACUAUGAUUCAUCAGAGCGACCAGUUCUGUGUGCUGGUUGUGGUCUAAAGUCAGUUCUUUACAUAAAGGAAUCUAUGAAAUUCCCCUUCUCAGAGAUUCAAGCUGCAACGUCUGAAUUCUCAAAUGAGAAUUUGCUGGGUGAGGGUGGGUUUGGGCAUGUUUACAAGGGCCAACUCAAGGAUGGCCAGGUCAUAGCAGCUAAAGUACGCAAGGAAGCAAGCUCACAGGGCUAUACUGAGUUCUUCUCUGAAGUACAAGUUCUCAGCUUUGCCCGGCACCGAAAUAUUGUCAUGCUGCUUGGGUAUUGUUGCAAAGAAAGCUACAACAUUUUGGUGUAUGAGUACAUAUGCAACAAAUCCCUUGAGUGGCAUUUAUUUGACAAGGACGCAAACUUACUGGAAUGGCACAAGAGGCAUGCUAUUGCCCUUGGUAUAGCAAAAGGGCUGCGUUUUCUACACGAAGAAUGUCGUGCUGGUCCAAUUAUUCAUCGGGAUUUGCGCCCAAGCAAUGUACUUUUGACACAUGACUUUGUUCCUAUGCUUGGGGACUUUGGUCUUGCAAAAUGGAAGGCUAGCAAUGCUUCUAUCCAUACAAGGAUUCUGGGGCAAUCAGGAUACUUGGCUCCCGAAUAUGCUGAAUAUGGCAUAGUUUCUGUCAGAACAGAUGUUUAUGCCUUUGGGAUUGUUCUUUUCCAGCUGAUAUCUGGUCGCAAGGUGCUUGAUGAAUGUGGAGGGCAGUGUACACAUAUAUUACAAUGGGCUGAACCUUUGGUCGAGAGUCUUGCACUACAUGAACUAAUUGAUGAGCGCAUUGCAGAAACAUACGAUACGUAUGGGCUGUAUCAUCUAGCAAGAGCUGCAUAUCUUUGUGUCAGGAUAAACCCAGAACAGCGGCCUUCUAUGGGAGAGGUUGUUCGUCUUAUUGAGUCAGAAAAUGAACACAUCAGAGAUUUGUCCCGGCAAUUCAUCCCACACUUUACCAAGUGAAGCAGUAUUCAGAGAGAAAUCGUCUGCUUUGAGUUCACCCUUAAUAAUACUCUGCCACUGUUGUGAUUUCUUUUUCCAUCUCUCUCCCGUUAUCUGUUCACAUGCAUACAACGCUGUAUGUUUGAGGAAUCAGCGCUUCACUUUCUGAUAGUUCUGUCUUAUCUUUGUAAAUGAAAGAAAAGCAUCUUGUCAUGUUAUUGUCCUUUGUGUUACUAACAUCAAAUUUUGGGGCUACUGUGUAGGUGAAGAGUGUGAUCUGUAGAGUACGAAAGAAGAGUGAGCCGUGCUAUGUUGUGACCAUUUUAUUAGCAUAUAUGUAACUCAGCAGUUUAGUUUCUGCUAAUAUAAAGAUAUGCAAUCUAGGCAGCUGUUUUCCUUCA